AAUGAUCUCGAUUCGGCAUUAGUUGAUUAGUAUCCCUGACUGACGUCACUCAGCAAAAAAGUCCACCCUCGAAACCUGCUCGAAAUAAGUCCACCCUCUGCCACCACGACCUCCAGUUUAAAUUCCCCUAGGAAUAUUUUGGAGGAACAACAACCAAGUACCAAGUACCUUAUAGAUAGGUCUAGGUGAUUUUAUUAUUUGCGAUAACGGUGAUACAGAUAACCAUGGCAAAGACAAGCGAUCCCGAGAAGAAAUGUGAAAAUGCCCCCCCUGAUGGGGUGGUAAAAGAGGGACCUGAAGAAACAGCACAUGGGUGGCCAUGUCUGAUCUCCCUGAAAAGAAGCAGCCCAUGGGAGGAGAAAGAAAGUCAGAAGGAUUCACCAGGCUUGAAGGAGAAAUCAGAAGAAAUUGCUGCAUCAGAACAGAAUACAUCGAAGGGAAAGGAUAGGUCACUGCUUCCAUGCUCAAAUAAGAAACGCAAGACAUGUACCACCAGGCUUGCAGGAAUUGAGCCCAAGUACAUAUGGAUGCCCCUUUUAAUACCGGUACUGUUCAUAUUCAUACCAGGAGCUGAUGGACUAAAAGUUCAACGGCGGGACUUCAGGAAAAUUAUUAUAGGGAUGAAUGAGGUUAAAAUGGUAACUGACCCAAUUUUGAGACCAGUUGAUGACUCAGUCUAUUCUGUCUUUGCGAAAGAUGGAAAUGAUGACCAUGAAGGCUUUGAAUGCACACCAGGUUUUGUGUCAACAAAUCCAAGUUGCAUCAUAGUUGUAGGGGACACGAGCAAGGCCGAGUGUGAGGGAUUGCAGAUCUCUGGGAAUGCAUCUUACCUUGCUGUAGUUGGCUCAGAGCUGACUCACGACCGAACAACAUACUGUAUCUAUCAACAGGUCCCAAAAUUUUUUAUCCUUUACACUCUAGAGGUUUCCAAGAAACGUGAACAAGACAUCAACGACUGUGCGUCAUACCCAUGCCAGAAUGGAGGAGCGUGCUUGGAUGGACUUGACUCAUACACUUGCAACUGUGCAAAAGGCUAUGACGGAGCUAACUGCGAAAGCGACAUCAACGAAUGUGCGCCUAACCCAUGCCAGAAUGGAGGAGCAUGCGUGGAUGGACUUGACUCAUACACUUGCAACUGUGCAAAAGGCUACGGCGGAGCUAACUGCGAAAUCGCUCCCGAGACUAAUCACUAUAAGGUUGCCUUCUACAUCCUUCUGGGCAUCGAUGUGUUCAUACUUCUUGUCAUCGCCAUCGUCAUCAAGAAAAACUUCCCAUGCAUCCGUGCAUGGUGGAAGAAGUACAUAAUGAAGCAAGAAUCCACAGAUCACAUCGAGGGGGGAUCUCCCUCCCCUACAGUAGGAACGCCCAUGCUGCCUAUUACCGUAGCUCAUGAGCAUCGAGAUGAAUAGAAGGAGCCACUGAUUUUCCUCUUUACAGUUUAAGGCCUUUUAUUAUCCCCUCGCCGACGAAGUUGGAGGGGAUAUAGUAACGCUG